UCGUAUCGUCAAAAAACUCAUAAAUCCAAGGCACUCGAAUAGUGUGAAAAAAUUAAAAAGCCUUUAUUCACAUGGCUUUAGAAUUUAAAAAACACCACAUUUGUGCACUGACGCAUUGCGGCUAAAGCCCGGCUCACACUGUGCGAUUUUGGCCACGAUUUGGUCGUCUGGGACAAAUUUUGAAAAUCCUAAAAGAUUCCUAUAAUCCUAGGCUAAAAUCUGUAGUCUUUGAUCGUUGGUUUGACAUGUUCACCGACAGCCGAUCAAUGGCCGUUGCGAUCAAAUUUCACCUCUGACGAAAUUCUGGCAGUGUCAGAAGAUUUGGCGCACAGUCCUGCAGUGUAACUACCCCUACGACGAAUAUCAAACUGUCUCCGUUUUUGAAGGCAAGCUAUGAGCAGAAUUAAUGCUAGAGAAUUAUUAUUAUUAUUAUUAAUAUCAGCCAUAAGCUCCGGCGCUCCCGUCCUCCACUCACAUAAUUCAUCUGAUAUGUUUCUUUUGUAUAUAAACACUGGUUGCGCCGCUGCAUUCACGUGGGUGUGUAUGAAUACAUACACUAUUCUUCUUAAACACGCCGGUAUUGCCGCCGUUCGUAUACUUUUCAUGACAGCCAACAUUUCGGUGCCGCGUGCAAUGCAUUUCGCAGUCACUGGACGUGUAUGGGUUGAUAAUGUAAAACUUCGGAUAAGUUUUCUUGCACGCACCCGUUUUUAACUCGUCUUGACUGUCGUACAGUCUGACAUUAAUGACAACUGAGAUUCCAUAGUGUGACAUGAUCAUCACGUUCGUACAGUCUGACAAGUACAAUCCUAAAGGACUUUUAAAAAAAUCGCACAGUGUAAGCCCGGCUUAACUCGCCUUCAUCAGGGUGUCAAUUUACAAACACACUCAGAGUUCAUUUAAACAAUCAGUUCAUCACAUGACAUGUCUCCCGAGCAGGUAUCAAAACAACAGCAGAGAAUUACUUAUAAAAAUCAUAAUCAAUAAAUUCAAAUCAACUCAAAACACUGUAACAAAUAUUAAAGUCAAGAAAAAAACAAAAACAUAUAAGUCACAAAGGAAUCAAAAAUUAUAUCAUAAUUAAAAGAAACAAAGGAAUUAAUUACAAAAAAGGAGAAAAAUCCAAUUCUCCAUUUAAACCUGGAAAUGUUGUUGCUUGUUGUAAACUUUUUAUCCCAUCUCCUCUUCUUAUUGACCUCGGAAUAUGUUCUAUACAAACUAUUUUCAAUGUACUGGGGUUACCAUGAUUUUUUAUCUCUAUAAUGUAAGGCCAUGGGAUAUUGAGGAUUACAGAUUCAUAUAGCAUUCUUAUGUUCUGCUAGUCUCAGCUUUAAUUUCCUUUUAGCCAUCCUUAUAUAAAAACAACCACAUGGACACUCCAGCCUAUAUAUAGAAUUAAGUUCUAUUUUUCUAUUGUAUCAAAUACUUAUUUCAUGCAAUAAAAUGGAAAUUAAUUAUUUAACAAUCAUACAAUGUGAUUUUCUGAAUUUUAUUUAAUUUUUUUAGAUUCUGUCUCACAGUUGAGGUGUACCUACGAUGAAAACUACAGAUCUCUCCAUUCUUUGGAGGUAUUCAAGUGAGAGAGAAAUUAGAAGGUUCACAGAAGAGAAAGGUAAGUAAAAUUUAUAUAGCACUUUAUACAAUACUGAUUGUGUCAAAGCAGCUUGCAGUUUGACAAUAAUGCAAGAGGACAAUAACAAAGGGUCAUUUUUUUUCCAGUUAAAGUCAGUUGAUUGAUGAUUCAGUGAUGUCUUCAUCCACUUCAGUUCUCUUCUAAUAGUGUCUGUGCAAUCAGCCAAGCGUCCCCAACUAAGCAAGGAACCAAAACUCCAUCGGUGACAAAAAUGGAAAAAGCCUUGGGAGAAACCAGGUAAGUAUUAGCAUUUAUAUACGUGUAAUAAUACAAAUAAUUAUAGUCUGAACAAAACGAAAGAAAUCCUACAAACAAGUGUUUCAGACAGCAUUAAUUAAAUUGAGUUCAUUGUGUUUUCAUCUUGACAUGAUAUUGGACCUUUGUGUAUUACAUGUUUGCAGAUCUACAGAUAAUUCCAGACACAAAAAGAAAAAAGAAAAGAAAAAAAAUCUAAAUCUGCUCAAAGUUAUCUCUUGGAAUAUUAAUGGACUGAAAGAAAAACUUAAAGAUACAAAAAAGACAAACCAACUGCUGACAAUUUUAGGUGAUUAUGACAUUGUUCUCCUCCAAGAGAUCCACUUAGGUAAAAAGAGGUUGGGAAAAAAAGAAAAAAAGUCAGAGGACAAUACGAUCAAGUAUUAUUUAUUAGAUUCAGACUCUGAUUCAGAGAAUCAGGAUGAAGAGGCAUACACAACUAAAGUCAUCAAUUUAUUUAGAACAAAAGGUUAUGAUGUAGAACAACUACAAGAUCGGACAUGCCAAGACCUUGGGGGGAGUGAAAAGAAGAUUUAUAUGACAAAUUUCUGUUCAAAUAGCAGAGGUGUUGCCAUUCUUGUAAAUAAGCGACAUACAUGUCUGAAAACAUUUUGUGAAGAUGGAGACUAUGCUUGGGUUUAUGUUGAGAUUGGCGAUCAGAGGUACACAUUUGUGAGUGCUUAUUACCAUCCUAAAGAAAAAUCUAACCUCAUGAUGAGGAUUCUCUGCAGCUUCCUCACACAGGGAUCAAAAGCUUUUAAACGGCCUGUCAUUGGUGGAGACUUUAACACAACACUUAAUUACAGAUUGGACAAAGCUAGCACAAAAGAUAGUGCAGAGCAUAAAUCACGGAGAAAGAGCAUCCGGGAAAUCAUGAAAACAGUGAAUCUAAUAGAUGUCUGGAGAAGCAAAAAUCCAGACAAGAAAGACUACACAUACGCAUGUAAAAAGCCUAUGUCCAGAUUAGACUAUGUGUUCAUGUUGGAGAAAGAUCUGCAUUGUGUAGAAAAUUGUGAUAUAUGGAAGGAUGAAGAUAUGGUUCCAGAACUGUCUGACCACUACCCUAUGAAACUCACUUUGACUAUAUAAAAAACUAGAAAUUAUAUAUCAUAUAUCAGACAAUUAUUCUAGUGUAGUUAUUAUACUGAUAUAAUCUGCGUAAUUACUGUGCAAAUUGAUUUUAUGAAUGAUUAUAUACAUUGUAACCAACUGUCGCUUGUCAAAUAUCUAAUGUCUUUUAAUAGAUGGAUUAUUAAUAUGUGGGUUUGGUGAUGUGAUUUAACUUUUCUUCAUUACAUUUCUA